CUGGGCUGCCCUGGGAACCAGGAGCUGCACGGUGCCAGGAGCCCCAGCAGCUCUGCCGGUCGCUCACUGCUGGCUUGCUUUCAGAUGCUGGCCAGCAGUGAUCUGGGAGAUCAGGAGUUUGCUCUGAUCUACACGGCCUUCAGGUUUCUGAAGGAAGAAAGGCCGGCCAUGCUCUCCCUGGUGCUCAGGGGCAUCAUGACGCUGUCACAGACAGACGAGAUGGCAAGGAAAAUGAAGGUCAUGCUGCCAGACCUGAUGUGGGUCCUGCAGUGCGGCAACAAGGCCAUCAAGAUCAAGGCUCUGGCCAUCUUCAGAACCGUGAUGGCUCAGCUGCAGAGGGAGGAGGCCAGCCCCAUCGCCGUGACGCUGGCAGGAUUUCUCCUGCCCCUCUUUGAUGACGAGCUGAGCCAGCUGAGAGAGAUCUCCAUCAGCCUCUUCAGAGACCUGAUGAAGAUGGUGGUGCGGAACGACAAGAGGGAGAUGAAGAACACGGUGCGACGUGGCCUGCUCCCUCUCUUCUUCCGCAUGAGUGACCAAGUGCAGAGCGUGGCCAAGGCCGCUGGGGAAGCCCUCCUCGGUGCCGCAGAGCUGCUCAGGUGGAAACAGCUUGAACACCUGGUGCAGACACAGCAGACAUGGCGGAUUGGAGAGAGCUUGCCCCACGGGGCUCCUGGCUGGAACACGGGAAUGGCCGGAGGGGAAGGGUUCAUGGGAGCGUGGGUUCAUGGGAGGAGAGACUGA